GUUUAGAAGCAAUGAGUUUAAAACCUUUCACCUACCCGUUCCCGGAGACGAGGUUUCUUCAUGCAGGACCCAAUGUGUAUAAAUUCAAAAUCAGAUAUGGCAACAGCAUCAGAGGGGAAGAGAUAGAAAAUAAGGAAGUCAUCGUCCGGGAGCUGGAGGUAUUAGCUGAGAAGAAAUCAGCAGAAACCAUGAUGAGGAAACGAAGACACACGGAAGUGCCCAGCUCCCCCAGGAAGUCAGGGCCGGACAGUUCUAAGGUGGGAACUUCCAGCCAAGGCCCCAGCAAAAAGAAGCCCCCUAUGGAAACCAUGAGGAACAUGGAAGGAAAAACCCAGCAGGAACAGCAGGAGACCCCAGCAUUUGAUGUCACUGAUGUCCAGGAACAGGGUCCUAAGUGGGGGGACAGCCUGGCAGGGCAGAUGACUCCGUCACUGCAGCAGAACAAUCUGCCUCCACCUAAAGGACCCACAGAGCUGGGGACCACUGGCUUCUUUGGGUUUCUAAGCACUGUCUUCCCGUUCAGCUAUUUCUUCCGAAGGAACAGCCAGUGAGCCUUCCAAAUGCAGCCGUGGACAGAGGGCCACCUAGCAAGCUGGUGCCCCUCCAACUCCACCCCUUCUGAGGACAACCAGUCAUGGAGGACGAGGCCCCAACAGCCGAGUCCUCCUGUGGGGUUGUCCUGUCCUUUGCCCCUUUACCAUCAGUGUUUUUCCCAAUUUAAAACACGGAAGAAAGAACAGAACUUUAAAAAACGCUCUAGUCUGGGAAUUUUACUGCCAUGAGGGCUAGUUUAAGUCUUUUGUCUCCUGCACUUAGGAUCCUGAUGACAUUAAAUUAUUUAUGAAGAGUUAUUGAUUGAAUUUAGUGAAGUAGAAAGAGUAAGAGAGAGCAAAUUCACCCCUGAAGAUACAGGGAACCUCGGCAGGAAGCCUCUUCUAGGUCUCCCGGGGUGGGCAGGGCCAGUCCCUGACCUCCUACUGUAGACUUCCCCGCUGAGGGGAGGGGAAUGGGGUCUUGCAAGACUCACUGUCCUGAGCCCUGCUGACCCUUGAGAAAUCCAUCCCUGCCUCACUUCACCCCAAAGUGACCCCAGAGUGACCCCUCUCAGUAGGUAAAAUGCUUCCCACCUAUCCCUCAGGCUGUUUGACAGCACUGGAAAGCAGUUUAGGGUCCAGCUUCUGGAGAAGACCAGGACAUCUGAGCUUUGUCUUCAUGUAACUGGGGGGCUCAUCUGGGACAGGCAGAUUAGACUCGUGUGGCCACAGAGAACCAAAACGAGAUGGAAAUUUAGGAGAACCAAUUUUAGCUCAGAAAAAUGGAAUCACUUUUUAAAAAAACAUUCUUUUGUUGUUUUUGCGAACAC